GCCCUGCCACAAGGUUAGAGCCCUGCGUCCUUAGAGACCGGGCCUUGGCAACAGGGGGAGCCCUACUCUCACCUGCAGCUGCCGCGCGUGCCCCCUCAGGGCGGGACGCAAGGGCUUCAGAGAGCCGGACCUGGAAAGCUGAGAGGAGGGACUGGGCUGGGCAAGGCAGGGCAGGGCUGUGCACGGCGCUUGGAGGAGAGUGCGGGGAGGAGGCGCGUUCCCGGGAGAGGCGGAAAGGAGCGCGCCGGCGGCUCUGUAGCUGCGGCUGCCGCGGUGCGGAGAGCGGAGCGCGCCCUGGGGGCUCUUUUACCUCACUCCUCUUAUACUAGGGGCUCCCGGGGAAGGCUGCAGGCAGUCGGGGCAGGAGAAGACGCUAGUGCCACAUGCCGCUGCUUUACAGAAGCCUGGUGAACACCAUUCUUCCUCUUACAGUGACGCUCCUCGUUCGACCACAUACCAAGGGUUGACAGGCACAGUAGUUCUCCAGAUCAGCAAGAAAGGGUUUAAUCAAACUCGAGCACUACUGUCGACAGCAAUUUUUUAUACGAGAUUGAUUACUCAAAGCAAUAAAAAUGGCCAGAGGAUCAGUAUCCGAGGAAGAAAUGGCAGACCUCAGAGAAGCUUUCUCUAAAGUUGAUACAGAUGGCAAUGGGUACAUCAGCUGCAAUGAACUAAAUGACUUGUUCAAAGCAGCUUGCUUGCCCUUGCCUGGUUACAGAAUAAGAGAAAUCACAGAGAAGUUGAUGGCAACUGGAGAUCUAAACCAUGAUGGCCGGAUCAGCUUUGAUGAGUUUAUCUCAGUAUUUCAUGGGUUAAAAAGCACAGAAGUUGCCAAGACCUUCAGAAAAGCCAUUAAUAAGAAAGAAGGGAUUUGUGCUAUCGGUGGUACCUCAGAACAAUCCAGUGUUGGGACACAGCAUUCCUAUUCAGAGGAAGAAAAAUAUGCCUUUGUUAACUGGAUAAACAAAGCCCUGGAAAAUGAUCCUGAUUGUAAGCAUGUCCUCCCUAUGGAUCCAAACACAGAUGACCUCUUUACCUCUGUUGGAGAUGGCAUUGUCCUAUGUAAAAUGAUCAACCUAUCAGUGCCAGAUACAAUUGACGAAAGAACGAUCAACAAAAAGAAACUUACCCCAUUCACCAUCCAGGAGAAUUUGAACCUGGCUCUGAACUCUGCUUCAGCCAUUGGGUGCCAUGUGGUUAAUAUAGGAGCUGAGGAUUUGAAAGAGGGAAAACCUUAUCUGGUCUUGGGCCUUUUGUGGCAAGUCAUCAAAAUUGGAUUGUUUGCCGACAUUGAACUCAGCAGGAAUGAAGCUCUGAUUGCUCUUUUGAGGGAAGGUGAAAGUCUGGAGGACUUGAUGAAACUUUCCCCUGAGGACUUAUUGCUGAGAUGGGCAAACUAUCAUCUGGAAAAUUCAGGCUGCAAUAAAAUCAACAACUUCAGCAAUGAUAUCAAGGACUCAAAAGCUUAUUUCCACCUGCUUGAGCAGGUGGCUCCAAAGGGAGAUGAAGAAGGUAUUCCGGCUAUUACUAUUGACAUGUCGGGAAUAAGGGAGAAGGAUGACAUCCAGAGGGCAGAGUGUAUGUUGCAACAAGCAGAAAGACUGGGAUGCCGGCAGUUCGUCACCGCCACGGAUGUUGUCCGCGGGAACCCAAAGUUGAACUUGGCUUUUAUUGCCAAUCUCUUUAAUAGAUACCCUGCCCUACAUAAACCAGAGAAUCAAGACAUUGAUUGGGGGUCUCUUGAAGGUGAGACGAGGGAGGAGCGCACAUUUAGGAACUGGAUGAAUUCCUUGGGUGUGAGUCCUCGGGUCAAUCAUUUGUACAGUGAUUUGUCAGACUCCCUGGUCAUCUUCCAGCUCUAUGAAAAAAUUAAAGUACCUGUUGACUGGAAUCGAGUGAAUAAACCGCCAUAUCCUAAACUGGGGGGUAAUAUGAAGAAGCUUGAGAACUGUAACUAUGCCGUGGAACUGGGGAAGAACCAAGCCAAGUUUUCUCUUGUUGGCAUUGCUGGACAGGACCUCAAUGAAGGAAACCGCACGUUGACACUGGCCUUAAUUUGGCAGAUAAUGAGAAGGUAUACACUGAGCAUUCUUGAAGAUAUUGGUGGAGGACAAAAAGUCUAUGAUGAUAUUAUUGUCAGUUGGGUGAAUGAAACGUUGAAAGAAGCUGAGAAGAGCUCAUCUAUUUCUAGUUUCAAGGACCCUAAGAUCAGCACAAGUAUGCCUGUAUUGGAUCUCAUUGAUGCCAUUCAAGCAGGAUCCAUUAAAUAUGAUCUUUUAAAAACAGAUGAUCUAAAUGAUGAAGAAAAACUUAAUAAUGCCAAGUAUGCCAUUUCAAUGGCUCGAAAAAUUGGGGCAAGAGUAUAUGCUCUUCCAGAAGAUCUGGUUGAAGUGAAACCCAAGAUGGUCAUGACAGUUUUUGCAUGUCUCAUGGGAAAGGGGAUGAAGAAGGUGUAAGGCCAAGUAGGGUUGACCUCAGAGGCUGAAUCACACAAUUUUGACGGCCUCGAUAUUGGAUGCCCUUUUCAAGACCCAAGAAGCAUGUGGACUGGCUAAGCCAUUCCAGAGUUUAAAGAGAUUGUAACAUUAAAGCAAGGUUCUAAGCAGCAUUUAGUUCAGCCAAAUAAUCUAGCCUGUGUUUAACAGAAAUAUGCUUCAUUUCUUUAAAAACAAAAAGAAAGAAACCCUAAACCUCAUGCAAAUAAUUUAUAUCCUUGAAUAUAUCUGCUUCCUUUGAAAAUCCAAAAAUAUUAUUUCCUAGCAGCCCUUCCCCACAAGCUCCACUUUAAUCAUUAGCCCAAUAUAUGGGCCUCAGUAUUGUUAUUCCCCGUAUAGUGUUUCAAGUUUAGUUACACAGUUGUUGGGUUGUUGUUUUUUUUUAAGACAAAGUGAUGGACUGAGAAAGAACCAUUGGUUUAUUACGCAAAGCCUUUGUUUUCUUUGCAGUUACCUUAUUUUAGAUGCUUCUUGCUGGUGCCUCUGCUUUCUUGAUGCCCCACAAAUUCCUACUCCCUAUUCCUAACCUGCAAUCGCUUCUUUCAUUAGCAUCACCCGGUAUCUCUUUUCUUCUCCUUAGACCUCAGACCUCAGACCUUGGUGUUCCCUUGGUUUGGCUGCUAGGCAUCCCUGCCAUUCAUUAGGGGCUCCCUUUGAAGAGGGGGAACUUUCCCAUCUCUCAGAGUUGAGCCUAAAUUAUUAGUCAUUGGUCUCCCACCCUAGGACCUGGCCUAAUGGUUCCCAAGCCUCCUUGGGAUGCAGAAGGCUCCAGAGUUUGGUUCGUGGGCAAGUCAUCAGCUCUCUCAUCCGUGUCAUGUUCAGGUGAGGUUUGGCACAAGGCCAGGCCUCAAAACCCAGACACAAAAUCCAGGGUUCAUUUCUUUCCUUGGGCCAAGAUUUGAUUGUAAUGAGGUUGAAAUGAAAUGGGGCUCUUUGCCCUGAAGCUGUUUGUCCCUAACCCUAGCCUUGUGGGAGAGUUGAGAAAUGCCUCUGUUUCUAGCAAUCCUGGGGGUGACCCAUCCUCACUGUGGCUUGCUCUCAGAUUUCUGGUAUUUCUAAUUGUUCUGUAGGCCAGGAUAUUCAUAACAUUUACUUUGCUGGAACUUUAGAGUCCUUAUGCACCCCAGGGGAUACGUGCCAAUGAAUUAGCCUUCCUCUCCAUGUCCCAUAACCAAUGUAAUGGACUUUUACAAAAUGAUAAUCAAAACCCCCAUGGAUUCAAACAGCUACACUUAAACAAGAAAAUCUGAAGAAAUAAACUUAAAGGUCUAAAAGCAGCACAUCUGUCCUCACUGACACCAGGCCAACACCUCCUUGCUUUGAAAAAAUUUUCUGCAUUUUCCUUUGAAAACAUCUGGAGACCAAAGGGUCUCACUUAAGGAUCACUUAAUGGACCAUAUAGCCACGGUUUAAAGCAGUCAAUGUGCUUCAUCUUCUCUGGGGCCCUGGCAAUGAGCCAAAGCCUGGGGGCCCUUACGUUGACUCACCAAUCAAUGUUUCUACUGUAUCUGUAUGCACAGGCUUGAAUUUUGCCUUAGUCUAAUCUGUACUUAUCCUGUAGCCUCAGAUAAUUGUCUGUUUUCCUAAUGUCCUUCCACUGAGGAGGAAUAGAAAUGCCUUAAUGAAAAAUAAAGAUGCUAGAGAUCUCCAAAUAAAACAUUCUCUAAAA